UGGCGGCGCCCAUGAAGCAAGUGGUUGUGCAUAUUUAGUUUUCGUUUAUACCCGUUUUUCUAUCAACGCGAUGUUGACGAGGGUUGUGCCUUGUCUGAGACUAUUCUCUAAACACAAUGGCCUGAGGAACUACACAAGGGGAUUCCACUCAUCUCCUUGUUUAACAGCAUUAAAGAAAGAGGAGAAACAGGAAGGUUUUCGGAAAGACAUGCCAUCAGCUGACCAGCGUCCCCUUUAUCUGGAUGCCCAGGCAACAACACCAAUGGAUCCCCGUGUGUUGGACGCAAUGCUUCCUUAUAUGGUGAGCUUGUACGGCAACCCCCACUCCCGCACACAUGCAUAUGGCUGGGAGAGUGAGGCUGCGAUGGAGAAGUCAAGAAAGCAAGUGGCAUCAGUCAUCGGUGCUGAUCCAAGGGAGAUAAUCUUCACAAGUGGAGCCACUGAAUCUAACAACAUUGCAGUGAAAGGGGUGGCCAGAUUCUACAAGGAUAAGAAAAAGCAUGUGAUCACAACCCAAACCGAACACAAGUGUGUGUUAGAUUCCUGUCGGGCUUUGGAGGCAGAAGGCUUCGAUGUGACUUACCUCCCGGUGCAGACUAACGGCAUUGUCAACAUGCAGUUGUUGGAGGAGUCCAUCAGACCAGAUACAGUCUUGGUGUCCGUCAUGUUCAUCAACAACGAGAUUGGCGUCUGUCAGCCGGUCAAGGAGAUUGGUGACCUCUGCAGGUCAAGGAAGGUGUUCUUCCACACAGACGCAGCACAGGCUGUGGGGAAGAUCCCGGUGGACGUGAACGACAUGAAGAUCGAUCUGAUGUCCAUCAGCGGACACAAGGUGUAUGGCCCCAAAGGUGUAGGUGCCCUGUAUGUGCGUCGACGCCCCAGAGUGCGUGUGGAGGCCCCUCAGAGCGGGGGAGGGCAAGAGAGGGGGAUGAGGAGUGGUACUGUCCCCACCCCCCUCGUGGUUGGGUUUGGGGCGGCUUGUGAGGUGGCAGACAAAGAAAUGGAAUAUGACACCGAGAGGAUCAACAAGCUGUCUCAGAGGCUGAUAGACCGGAUCACAGCUCAGGUGCCGCAGGUCAUCAGGAAUGGGGAUCCAGAACAAACAUACCCAGGUUGUGUUAAUCUGUCCUUUGCCUUUGUGGAAGGGGAGAGUUUGUUGAUGGCACUCAAAGAUGUGGCAUUGUCCUCGGGAAGUGCAUGUACAUCAGCAUCCCUGGAGCCAUCAUACGUACUGAGAGCUAUAGGAGCUGACGAGGAUCUUGCCCACUCGUCUAUCAGGUUUGGUAUUGGCCGGUUCACUACAGAGGAGGAGAUCGACUACACUGCUGAUCGCUGUAUCCAACACGUCAAGAGACUCCGAGAGAUGAGUCCUCUGUGGGAGAUGUUUCAGGAGGGUGUUGAUCUCAAAUCCAUCAAGUGGACACAGCACUGAAACACAACCUUGUACAACCACCAGUGUAUGUCUGCGAUACGUGCAAGCUGCUGCUGCCUUGGGGUGUGUUUUGGUGGCACCAACCACCCUUGCCCGCAAACAUUGUCAGGUUCUCUACAUGUAGUGGGAUAACAGCUACACAAGGUGCUUGCUUGCAGUGUCGGAGGAAGGAGAACAUAUAGUUUGUGAUUUAAUCAGAAGUCUCAGUGGAGUUUUCACAACACAGUUAUUAAUAUCCUAUUGUGAAAUGCUUACGCUUUGUGCAAUGUUUUGUGUGAGUGUAGUUAAUAGAGUGGUGUCUCGUGUUAAGUCUGUAGAUAAGUUUUUAUGUCGGAUCUCGAAUGUCUAAACAGUCUAUCAAAAUGACUUCUUGAUGACUGUGUGGUAUAUCCAACUUAAGGAUCAGUCAUUACUGAUGGAUGUUUCUACACAGCCUUCCUAGUGUGGGUCUUCUCUAACUUGUUUUGAGUAGUAUACACGGAGCUAGACUACAACUAUUUCAUGAAACCAAGCUAUAGAACCCUUAAGGGGGAACUAAAACUAUUUCAUGAAACAAAGCUAUAGAACCCUUAAAGGGGAACUAAAACUAUUUCAUGAAACAAAGCUAUAGAACCCUUAAGGGGGAACUAAAACUAUUUCAUGAAACAAAGCUAUAGAACCCUUAAAGGGGAACUAAAACUAUUUCAUGAAACAAAGCUAUAGAACCCUUAAGGGGGAACUAAAACUAUUUCAUGAAACAAAGCUAUAGAACCCUUAAAGGGGAACUAAAACUAUUUCAUGAAACAAAGCUAUAGAACCCUUAAAGGGGAACUAAAACUGCUUCAUGAAACAGAGAUAUAGUGCCUUUAAAAGGGGACUACCACGCUUCAUGAAACAGCUAGAGAGCCUUAAAGGGAGACUAAAACUAUUUCAUGAAACAGCUAGAGAGCCCUUAAAGGAGAACUUAAACUGCUUCAUGAAACAAAGCUAUAGAGCCCUUAAAGGAGGACUUAAACUGCUUCAUGAAACGGAGAUAUAGAACCCUUAAAGGGGGACUUUCAUCAAUUAAGGCCAUUCUUUGUGUUGUUGCAAGCUUUGUAAUUACACCAGUGUGCAGAUAUCUCAGUGUAAUUAACAGUGAAAGUGAUCAGUACAUGAUUAAUAGAUAUAAUUUAUAUUAAUAGGAACCAAUAGACCAAGAAAGAGGAUCUAAAUAAAAUCUGGCGGGACUGUUAUUUGUGUAGUCUUCCUUUAACGAUUGAUGUGCUAAGUGGUCCCCGAGUGGUACAGCUCACAGUUUAGAUGAGGUUAAGACACAUCACAGAGAGUGAAGGGAUGAGGAUGAUGCCUCUGUUUACCCAACAGUAGUGAGUGAGUUAGUAUGGUUUUAACGCCACUCUUAGCGAUAUGACUGCAGGGGACACCAGAAAUGGGCAUCACACAUUGUACAAAUGUGGGGAAUCAAACCCAGGUUUUCAGCAAGUGGACGCUGAACAAUUAGAUACCCCACAGCCCCUCACCCAGCAGUAAAUGGGUACCAAGUGAGAUGAGAUAGUAGAGAGAGAAAAUCUCCACUGAUCGGGGUAAUAAUGUUUGCUUUGAGCUUCCUUCAGCAUGUGGAUUGGUGCAUUAUAAAUUGCCAUUAUUAUUUACUAUGAAGAUUUUUAUAUUUUGAUUUCAUCAUGCUGUGAUUAUGACUCACAUUUUAGGUCAAUACUGUAACCAGCAUAUAUAACUUAUUAUUGCCCAGUCAUCAAAUGUGAGGAUAUAAUCUCUUUAACCAGUGCCUGGCUUAUUUUGGUAGCUUUGGAUGGCCUCUACGUAAAAUAACGUUUGGAUUGUUUGACAGUGUCUGAAUAUGUUAACUUCUGUUCAGUGUCUUCAGUAAAUAGCUUGGUCAUGAGAAACUAGUGAAUUUCACACAUAAGAUCUUUCCUGUAUGUUGCCUGUUCAUGCAAUGUUGUUGGCUGUCCUGCUUAAGUAUUUGUAGUAAUACUGCUUUUAAUUUUGUAUGCUUCUAUUAAAGUUGAUAGACUGUCCAUCACUGAUAGUUAUCAGCAGAGUAUUUUCUUUGAGUAGUCAUGGAAACAAUCUGCUGUUCAAAGACAUUUUAGCAUGAAUUCCAUCUUUGUCUGGAAAGUUCCUAUUGUUUUUGUAAAUUUUCAAUAGUUGAUCUCAGGGAUUGCUGCCUUUUCACACACAUUUCCAAAACUGAUUGGACUUGGAACUCUUUGAACAGGUUAAGAUUGUCUAUUGGUGUACGAUAAAAAGCACUGUAAUAAAAUGUACUUUGUUCAACGUGACCAAAGAUGGUGUUUAUUGUUGAUAAGGGCAUUAACACUUGUUUGUAUCAUGUUGUAUUAGUUGUUUGGUUGUACUCAACAUUUCCAGUGAUGGAUCCAAAAAUCAAAAGAUUGCAUGAAACAGGGUACAGAUAAAUAGCUGACAAGGAGCAAUGCGCACAGUGUAUAUUCUGUCUAUUUACAAGUUCACCACACAUCUGUGUAUGCUUCAUGGGAAACUGCAAGACCCAACAGGAACAGGUUCACAUGGUUCACCAAAAAUUAUAUUGGCUAACAUGUGGAUGAACAAAAAUCAAACUCAGAUGUAACUAUUUAAUAUUCUCUAUCCUUCUACAGACCAGCUGACAUCACAAAGUCCAUAUUCUAGGAAAUAAAGUCAAAUGUGGAAAAACAAGCAAAGUUACUGUCAGGGCUAGUAUGUGGAAUGUGUGUAGUAGGCAAGGGCACCUGCUGUACACCGGCCUUCAAACUCAUUGUCCGUAUUAUUCACAUCCACAUCAUAAAUAUGAUGGAUGACAUUUUUGUACAAAAUUAUUAAGCAAUAUGUCAUGUGACUAACCAUGGGUCAUUUACCCUUCCUUGGAAACUUUAAUAU